GUAGUGUGCGUUUUUCGCUUUUCUCUGAUGGGAUGAGAGAAGAGGAUAUGGGAGAAUCGCAGAAGAUGAACAGGGCAGGGAUUAAAACCAACAAUAUACUCACAAGGAAUACGUGGGGAUCGGUUAAAAUGGAUAGAAAUCACACCCAGCAUUCUCCAAUCUCUAGGAUUUCAGAAUUUCACAGAUGAUGGGCGCUUUGCUUGCUUCGUUGCUACCUUCCUUCUCUCUAAAAAAUUCUCUUUCUUUUCUCCUUUGUUUCUGUCGAAAUGGUGCUGAGACUGAGGAGUUUGAUUGCAAUCAAUGUUUCUUACUCGUUUCUUCGUAUCUGACCUCGGAAUUUCUUGGGACUGUGCUUUUGGCAUCUCGGCUCUGAUCUGGAGCUGUUUCUGGCAGAGUUUCUUUGGGAAAGUUAUUUUUCUUUUCGUCUGCUCCCUACUGAAAUGGUGGUUUUGGGAGUGAAUUUCGUCCCGGUUACGAAUUCUUAUGCGAGUAACGGAGGUUCUGGCACAGGGGUGUCGACCGUGAUAGGAUGGUGACAGAACACGUUUGAAGAAAAAAAGGCGAAGAGGAUAUUUUCCUUUUAUAGAAAUGUGGGUUUUGCAUCUGCGUUCGGAUUGAGAUCUCUUUCAUGGUGCUUGUUCGCUUUGUGCUGAUGUUAUGGUUGUUCUAUGGAUCUAAUUUCAGGUGACAUGGCUUCUUUAGUUGGUUUUGGUGGUUUUUCCAUAUCAGUUCUGGUUGUGAGAAGAGUGUGAGUGUAUCUCAGCGCUGAAAACAGAGCAUGGAAAGGAAUUUAGUUUUCUGGGGAGUUGGUUUAGUACUCCUAGUCCUGGCAUGGAUGGAGGGGUCCGCUGCUACUCUUUCUCCGUCUGGUGUAAACUAUGAAGUUGUAGCCUUGAUGGCCAUUAAAAAUGAUCUAAAUGACCCAUACAACGUAUUGGAGAACUGGGAUAUUAACUCGGUAGAUCCUUGUAGUUGGAGGAUGGUUACCUGCUCUGCUGAUGGCUAUGUGUCCGCUCUAGGACUACCUAGUCAAAGCUUGUCCGGGACAUUAUCUCCAGGAAUUGGAAAUCUUAGUAACCUGCAAACUGUGUUGCUGCAGAACAAUGCCAUAUCUGGCCCCAUUCCUGCUGAUAUAGGAAAGCUGGAGAAGCUACAAACACUUGAUCUCUCAAACAAUAAGUUCAGUGGUGUAAUACCAAGUUCUUUGGGGAACCUUAAGAACCUUAAUUAUCUGCGGUUGAAUAAUAACAGUCUUUCUGGAUCCUGCCCUGAGUCUCUGUCCAAUGUGGAAGGUCUCACCCUCGUGGACCUUUCCUAUAACAAUCUAAGUGGUUCCUUGCCAAAAAUAUCCGCCAGAACUUUCAAAAUUAUUGGGAACCCUUUAAUUUGUGGACCAAACGCUGAAAACAACUGUUCUGCUGUGUCACCAGAGCCACUUUCAUUUCCACCAGAUGCUCUAAGAGCUCAAUCAGAACCUGGAGGAGCAAAAAGCCACCAUGUGGCUAUUGCAUUUGGGGCAAGCACUGGGUCAGUUUCUCUUAUCAUCAUUGCUGUUGGGUUGCUUCUCUGGUGGCGGCACAGACACAACCAGCAGAUUUUCUUUGAUGUUAAUGAUCAAUAUGAUCCAGAGGUUUGUUUGGGCCACUUGAAGAGGUACUCGUUUAAGGAACUCCGAUCAGCAACUGACCAUUUCAACUCAAAGAACAUUCUAGGAAGGGGUGGCUCUGGAAUUGUUUACAAGGGUUGCUUGCAAGAUGGGACUCUUGUGGCUGUCAAAAGAUUGAAAGACUACAAUACAGCUGGUGGUGAAGUCCAAUUCCAGACAGAAGUUGAGAUGAUAAGCCUGGCUGUCCAUCGGAAUCUCCUUCGACUUUGUGGGUUCUGUAUGACACAGAAUGAAAGGCUUCUCGUCUAUCCUUAUAUGCCAAAUGGAAGUGUUGCUUCUCGAUUAAGAGAUCACAUCAAUGGAAAGCCAGCUUUGGACUGGUCAAGACGAAAGAGGAUAGCACUAGGGACUGCAAGGGGGCUACUGUAUUUGCAUGAACAGUGUGACCCAAAAAUUAUUCACCGUGAUGUGAAGGCAGCUAACAUUCUGCUUGAUGAAGACUUUGAAGCAGUUGUUGGAGAUUUUGGGUUGGCAAAGCUCUUGGAUCACCGGGAUUCUCAUGUUACCACAGCUGUCCGUGGCACUGUUGGUCACAUAGCUCCUGAGUACUUAUCAACAGGCCAGUCAUCAGAAAAAACAGAUGUAUUUGGUUUUGGCAUCUUGCUCCUUGAGCUUAUUACAGGUCAGAAGGCUUUGGAUUUUGGACGGGUGGCAAACCAGAAAGGAGUAAUGCUUGAUUGGGUGAAGAAGCUUCAUCAAGAGGGAAAGCUCAAUCAAAUGGUAGAUAAGUGUCUGAAUAACAAUUUUGAUAGAGUUGAGUUAGAGGAGAUGGUUCAGGUGGCUCUUUUGUGUACGCAGUUCCAUCCUUCGCAGCGUCCAAAAAUGUGUGAAGUGUUAAGGAUGUUGGAAGGCGAUGGCCUAGCAGAGAAGUGGGAAGCCUCGCAGAAGGUUGAGACACCGAGAUUCCGGUCGUCUGAAACCAUGCCUCAGAGAUACUCAGACUUCAUAGAGGAAUCCUCACUUGUUGUAGAAGCAAUGGAGCUCUCUGGUCCGAGGUGACACGUGUCAAUUUGUUAUGAACGCAUCCGUUGUGUAUCACAAAUUGAAGAGUUAUUCAAAUGCAAAUAUAUGAUUGGUGUUCAUAGCUGUUGAGAGUGCUUGUAUUCAUCUGUACAAAAAGGAAUACUCCAUCUUUUGUACUAGCAUCCAUCCCGUCCUCUUCUCAGAAAACUGGGUUGGGCUGGUUGAGCUUUUUGCUAGAAAAUUUUGGUGUUGCAUAUUGUGAAGUAACUCUUAAUUACUGGUUUGAUCUCUUUCUCUCUC